AUGCAUUUUCAUGUCAUACAUAGUUGUAGUUUAUCGUAUCUCCUCAUUACAUUAUUCUGCGGAAUAAAUACUAUACAAAAUGUCAAUAAAGCAUCUCUGUCACCGCCACCAACGAUUGGAAAUGUGAUUGUGAACCAAUCGACUCCUGCUGAUGGUGAUUCACUGGGGGAUAAAACAACAACAAUAUGUUCAGUUGAUAAUCCAAUAGUGCAUACAUCGGUUGGAAUCUAUUGUGGUCAGCGGGAAAUUGUUCAUUGGCCUAAUGGACCUGCAUCAAUGGUUGAUAUUUAUUAUGGUAUACGUUAUGCUCAAUCACCUACAGGUUCAUUACGUUUUAGAAAACCAGUAGAACCUUUACCUGAACCAAAGAAAAUUUUUAUGGCUGAUAAAUUACCACCUACUUGUCCACAACCAAAAGAUACAAUGUUUCAAAAUUCAGCAGCUGCUAGAAUGUGGGUACCAAAUACUCCAAUGUCUGAAGAUUGUCUUUUCUUAAAUAUUUGGGUACCUUCAAAACAAUCCAAUAGUAGUCAUUUAAAUUCAAAAGAAAAACUUGCAGUUAUGUUAUGGAUUUAUGGUGGUAGCUUUUAUAUGGGCACAGCAACACUGAGUGUAUAUGAUGCUAGAUUUUUAGCUGCCAGACAAAAUAUUAUCGUUGCAUCAAUGAAUUAUCGUUUGGGUUCAUUUGGUUUCUUGUAUAUGAAUACAGAAGAAUUAGAAGUACGGAAGAAUUUAAUUUCAUGGAAAGAAUGUCCUGUAAUGUAA